AUGGUCUACAAAUCUUUAUCAAAUGAUAAUACAAGGAGUGCAAAUUACCCUGAUUCAUGUGUACCCACAAUGGGAGCGCCGAAUUUGGAGGAGCUUACCAGCAGCUACAGCGAUAAACUUGCCGUCGGGGCUGAAUUUGGCGGUGGCGAUGUGGUGUUUGAAGCUGAUCUUGUACACCACGCGGCGGCGCAAGUUGAUGAAGAGGCAGCGGUUGUUGUCGUCGAUGGCGAGCAGAAAGAUGCCAUCCGGCAAAUUCACAUAAUCUGCUUAAAAACCACCACCUGGUUGUCCCGACACGAAUUUCCUAAUUCUGACGACGCUGCCAAGUUCGAUUACUUGAAAAAUUCGGCGAUUGUUUUCUUCUUGUUCAGAGGAAGUUCAAUUUUAGUGAAGAUGGUUGUUCGACAACUGAUGCCGUUGUUCUCCUUCGGCGGCUCGACGCAAUGGUCUGAUGCCAAAUGUGGUUUUUGUGGUAAUAAGGAGGACGACGAACGGUGA